AUGGAUGAUUAUAAGUGUAGCAAUGAUGAUAUGCUGGAGCGCAUAUUACAAGAUCCCGAUUCAAUGCCAAGAGUUAUGCAAUUAGAAUAUUUGAAGAGGAUCACAGAUAAUUUCUCUGAUGAGCGAUUACUCGGUGAAGGUGGGUUUGGUAAGGUUUAUAAGAUAAUUAACAAAUGGAGAAACAGGUCAGCAGAAGCACUAUCAUCCGUAGAUUGCCAACAGAUAAGAAGUUGUCUUGAAAUAGGUAAAUGCUGCAUGAAAAGCGAACGAAAUGAAAGGCCAACUACGGGGGAAAUUAUCACGAAGCUUAGUUUGGAAAGCAUAGACUGCAGUCUCGACAGCGAAGAAGGGCCCCUUUGCCAAAAAACAAAAAGAAGUUGCCACACGCCUCCUGAAAACCAGGAAGAGGAAAUUAUUAUGAAGAUUAAGGAGCACAUGGAGAAGUUGCGUGAGAAGAGCAGAGAAGUCCGUGACAAGAUUGAGCUUGCCAAGGGAAAUGGCAUGCUUUCUCAGCUGCGAGAAUGUCUCGAUGAUCAACCCGGUGAUAUUGCACAACCGACAUCUGUCCUUCAUAUUGAUGUCCACGCUGCUCUCAUCGCCAAGUCAGAUGGCCUUCACUGCAAUUUGAACCUAGCAGCAGUUGGCCUACCACCUCUUGGAAAUCAAGGCCAAUUGAAGCGAAAAGUUGUAAUCACAACAAGAUCACGAAGCUUGUGUGAUCAGAUGCUUGUGAACAGAGCUAUAAAUGUCCCCGGCCUGAAAAUGAAUGAAGCACUUCAGCUGUUCCAAGAAUGUAUUGGUAACAAUAGUCUUUAUUCUGAACCCUGCAUCGGAACACUUGCAAAAGAUCUCGUGGAGCAACUAAGAGCUCUACCAUCAGAACUGAUAAGAAUAGGCAGCGCAAUGCGUGGAAAACGGGAACCAGGACAGUGGCAGAAUAUCGUUGCUAUUGCCAAGGAAUUGAUGCAUAUCAAGGAUCAAGAAGCAUCAUCGCUGACUGAAGGAAUUGUUAUUACAAAGCUUAAGCAAUGUUUGCAAAACUUGCGUGGGAGGAGAAAUGAUGUCAAUCACGAGAUUGAGUUUGGAAAGCGAGAGGGCAAGGUAGCAACAAAUCAGAUUAACAACUGGCUGGCUAGCGUGGAUACCAACAUCUCUGUUGGGAUGGUUAUCUGUGAAUCUGAGCAAAAUGAGUUGAACUGGGAUCUCAGUGUGAUUGCAGCUGGCAUGCUUCGUCGGCUCCAAGAAUGUCUCAGUGGUCAACCCAGCGUUGUUACAGUGGAAGCAUUGCCACCUUCCGUCCAAGAGAUUCCAUGUUCGUCCACAGAGCAGCAGCCUUCCAGAGAUAAAAUAUUUGGAGAGGCUAUGGAGUAUAUUAAGCAUAGUUCAGUGGGUGUCAUUGGAAUCUGGGGACUGGGCGGAGUGGGCAAGACCCAUCUUCUGACAAACAUCAACAAUGCUUUUCAUGGGGACUCAUUAUUUCAUUAUGUUAUCUUCGUUACGGCCUCCAAAGAGGGUUCAGUGGAAAAAAUCCAAGACGAAAUUGGCAAGAAGCUCAAGCUCAAGUUUCCAGAAGGCGGUGAUGUUAAAUCUCGAGCUAACAUCAUUUUGGACUUCCUGAAAACAAGAAAAUUUCUGAUACUAUUAGAUGACGUUUGGAAUCGAAUUGAUCUGGAAGCAGUGGGCAUACCGUAUCCCCUUGGAAGAAGCAAAGUGGUUCUCACAACAAGAUCAAAAACGGUGUGUGGUCAAAUGGACGUAAGAAAAGAGAUCAACAUUGCACGUUUGCCAGAUGAUGAGGCCUGGCAGCUAUUUCAAGACAAGGUCGGACAGGGGACUCUAUCUUCCCGUCCUCGUAUUGAAGCUCUUGCAAAGGAACUUGUGGAGGAAAUGAAGGGCUUGCCAUUAGCUUUGAUAACUGUCGGAAGGGCAAUGUACGGCAAAAGUAAUCCGAAACAAUGGGAAUCUGCCAUUCUUUACAUGAAACAGUCAUGCUGUGACGGGGAUGAUCAGGACCUCCAUAUGGAAAAUGAUGUUUUCAGACGACUGAAGUUCAGUUAUGAUGGCCUAAGAAAUAAUACCUUGAGACAGUGUUUGUUGACUUGCUCACUAUGGCCAGAGGAUAAAGUGAUUCGGACGGGGGACCUGAUACGAUGCUGGAUUGGCUUAGGUCUAGUUGACGAGUGUGAUAUACAUGGUUCCUACAGAAAAGCACAUUCUCUAAUAGGUGAACUUACAGCUGCAUGUUUGUUAGACAUUUGUCAUACUGGGCUCCAUAUUGGUGGAUACAUUUAUCGUAGAGAAACCUUCACCCAUCAGGAAUUGCCAAUUGAAGUUGGUGUUAAGAUGCAUGAUGUGAUCCGUGAUAUGGCUAUUUGGAUAUCUUGUGGCUGCAGUGACAACAAGGACAAGUGGGUCGUUCGUGCAAGAGUUGGUGCAAAUCUGUCUAUACGCACCAUUCCUUGGACAAGAGCCGAAUGCAUCUCAUUAAUGUACAGUAAAAUCGAGAAGCUUCAUCCUGUUCUUCCGUUUACUUGCUCCACAACUCUCAAGAGGCUGUACCUUCAACAGAAUCACUUGGAUGAGAGGAUAUUUGGAGCCAUUCAGAGUUUCACUGAGCUGACAUACCUAGAUCUAAGCGACAACAGAAUCAAGGAGAUACCUGAAGAGUUAUUUGCCUUGGUAAACUUGGAGCAUCUGGAUUUAUCAUUUAACAGAGCCCUAAGGACAGUUCCCAAACGCCUUAGAGAACUUACUAAGCUUAAAUUCUUAUAUCUAGCAGGCACAAGCAUAAAGGUGAUUCCGACGGAGGUCAUAUCCUGUCUUACAGAAUUGCAAGUGAUUGACAUAAUAAUUAUGUCAAUUGAUUAUAAGUCUAAAAUAAUGCAAGAGUUGUGCACCCUUCCAAACUUGAAAGCGGUUGAUAUUGCCAUUGAAGGUGACGAUGGAUAUGAAUCUCUACGGAAGGUAGCUGCUGGCAUCCCCAUUAGGGAUUUGGUCAUAGCCAGAUUGAGAUUGGAAGAAACAAACAAGCUCUACCUGGCAGUAGAUACUUUGACAGGUGAUAUUGCGGGAAGGACGUUAAAUGAACUUCAUGUUCGGUAUUGCGAUAUGGAGCAAAUAAUACUAGGAGACGAACUGGGAAAACCAUUUGAUGCUCUCAGUGUGCUGGCGCUCAAUCGUUUGGAUAACCUUACAAAUAUAAUAAUGUGGGAGGGAACAUCGUCUUCGCAAGCUUUGUUCCCAAGGCUCACUCAUUUGUACGUGUAUUCCUGCAGAAAACUACAGCAUCUCUCUUGGGCGCCGUACUUGCCUUGCCUUGAAUAUCUUCGUGUGGGUGGUUGCCUGGAUAUGAAGCAGAUCUGUAUUGGCGCAGGACAACAGAGUUCAAAGACAUUCCCUUGCCUCAAAUAUUUGAUUUUAUCUAAUAAUCGGCGGUUGGCCAGCUUGUGCGGUUCUGACGUGACGUUCCCAUGCCUUGAGGAGUUGCUUAUUUCACGAUGCCCAAAGUUGAAGCGGCUUCCCUUCACAAUGCAAAGCUUACCAGACAUGUUGACUAAACUAUACAUCCAUCCUUGGGAUAAAUUGGAAUGGGAGGAUGAAGCUGUCAAGUCUUUCUUGGAACGGGUUCGUGUGGUGGAUUAA